UCAAGCAUCUCCUCUCCUCAUUACUCGUCACAUGACGUAUGUAUAUAUUUUUUUACAAUCCCCCACGCGCUUAGAGAUCGCCUAAGAUCUGGUAAAGGAUUCACACAUCCAGGUACGUCCUUCCACAUCCCCAUUAGUUUAGGAAAUGCUAAAGAAGGUGACUCGACGACUCUCCAGGAUCACCUCCCAUAUAAUCACCCAAACCAUCAACAAGAAGAGAAAAAAACAACACCACCCAAUCAUCCCCAUUCUCAUCCCUACACCCUCCUCUAUUCCAUCCCCUCCCAAAAUGACACCACCACCACCACCACUACAACACCAACACAACCAUCAACACCAACCAUUCCUUUUCCCAAACACCCAAUCCUCCUCAGUCCUCCCAGACCCAUCAACCUUCUUCUCCCCAUCCCUCUCCUCCCCUCUCCCCACCAACUCCUUCUUCCAAAACUUCGUCUUGAAAAACGGUGACCAACCUGAAUACAUCCAUCCUUAUCUAAUCAAAUCCUCUUCUUCAUCCCUUUCCUUUUCUUACCCUUCCCGUUUCUCCACCCCAAACUUCAUAUACCAAACCUUCACUCAAGAUCUCACCAUCUCCUCUUCAUCCCCAUCCCAAUCCCAACACCACACCAUCUCCUCAUUCAAUGAUCUUAGCCUGACACUUGACAUCCAACCAUCUCUCCGCUUCUUUCUAGUCCGUGGCUCACCAUUCAUCACCCUAUCCACUCUUGCUUCCACUUUCCUCUCCAUCUCCACAAUCCACGCCAUUCUCUCCUUCUCCUCAAACCCUUCUCUCACUAAACACCGCAUCUCUCUCAACAACUCCCAGACCUUUAUCCUCUACUCCUCCUCUCCUCUUUCUCUCUCCCUUUCCUCCCUCUCUCUCCUCUCCUCCUCCUCCCCCUUCUCCGGCGUUCUCCGUGCUGCUAUCCUUCUUGACCCUUCUCAUGAACCUCUCCUCGAUCGCUUCAGUUCUUGCUAUCCAAUCUCCGGCCAUGCCGAUCUCUCCAAACCCUUUACUCUUGACUACAAAUGGGAGACUAAGGGUGACGGCGGCGAUCUCCUCCUCCUCGCUCACCCUCUCCAUCUCCGUCUCCUCGACGACUCUUGCUCCGCCACUGUGUUGCCCGAUCUCAACUACACCAGCAUCGAUGGCCCCCUUGUUGGUGUUGUUGGCGAUUCUUGGACUUUGAAGACCGAUCCUAUUUCCCUCACCUGGCAUUCCAUGAGAGGCGUUGAUGAAGUUGGACUCCCUGAGAUCAUCUCCGCUCUCGCCAAGGACGUUGCUACUCUAAACUCCACUCCGAUCACCACCACUUCCUCGUAUUUCUACGGCAAAGCCAUCGCUCGUGCUGCUCGUCUUGCUUUGAUCGCUGAGGAGGUUUGUUUCCCUGAUGUAAUCCCCGCGGUGCGGAGCUUCUUGAAGGAUUCGAUCACGCCGUGGCUUGACGGGAGCUUCAAUGGCAAUGGCUUCUUGUACGAUUCGAAAUGGGGUGGGAUCGUCACCAAGCAAGGAUCGGUGGAUUCCGGUGCCGAUUUCGGCUUCGGUGUCUACAACGAUCACCACUAUCAUCUCGGCUACUUCCUCUACGCCAUCGCCGUGCUCGCCAGGCUCGAUCCGGCGUGGGGGAGGACGUACAGACCUCAAGCCUAUUCAAUGAUGGCAGACUUCAUGACACUCUCCAGGAAUUCACCGCACGCGAGCUACACCCGCUUGCGAUGCUUCGAUCUAUGGACGCUGCACUCGUGGGCCGGCGGGUUGACAGAGUUCGGCGACGGGAGGAACCAGGAGAGCACAAGCGAGGCAGUUAACGCGUACUACUCCGCAGCGCUCAUGGGCUUGAGCUACGGCGACACCCAUCUGGUGGCACUGGGCACGACGCUGGCAGCGCUGGAAAUGCAUGCGGCGGCGACGUGGUGGCAUGUGAGAGAAGGUGAAGGCAUGUACGAGGAGCAGUUCAGUAAGCAAAACAAGCUGGUCGGAGUGCUGUGGGCGAACAAAAGGGACAGUGGGCUGUGGUUUGCACCGCCGGAGUGGAAGGAGUGCAGGUUUGGUAUUCAAGUGCUGCCAUUGUUGCCGGUGACUGAGCUAUUGUUCAGGGACGUGGGGUUUGUAAGGGAGGCAGUGAAGUGGGCGGAGCCGGCGCUGAGGAGGGAGGUGGGAGAAGGGUGGAAAGGGUUCGUGUACGCCAUGGAAGGAGUUUAUGAGAAGGAGAUGGCGUUGGUAAAGACGAGAACUUUGAAUGGGUUUGAUGAUGGGAACUCACUGUCCAACUUGUUGUGGUGGAUUUACAGUAGGCCUGAUGAAGAUGAAGGUAUGGUUGGUGGUUAUGGAUGGAGGCACUGUUGGUUUGGCCAUUACUGCCAUUAGAAUGAAGGUCAGUGCUUCUUCUAAGCUUCUUCUUCUUCUUCUUCUUCUUCUUCUUCUGGUGCUGCUUUCUUUAUCUUAUAAAGAAUAAGUUAUUGUUAUGAUGACUAUUAUUAUGUUGUUAUUUGUGUUGGGGUUGUUUUUAUUUAAGUAUUGGUUAUGGUUU